AUGCUAUCUGCACAACCAGCCUAUGCUCUUGCAAGAGCCACUUUCAAGCGUGCUCAACGUGGUCUGUUUGGCGGAAAGCACAUCCAGUUUGGUAACAAUAACCCUUUUUCCAAGAAAAAGACCAGACGCAACUGGUUGCCUAACGUCCAAAACAAAAACUUGUAUUCAGAAUCACUCUCUCAAUUCAUCGAAGUUAAAGUCACCACUGCAGUUUUACGUACCAUUGACAAGAAGGGAGGUUUAGACAAAUAUCUUUUGGAGACCAGAGACAAGAACUUGUUUAGUGAGAAGGCUUUGGAGCUCAAGUCCAAGAUCAUCAAACACAACAACCGCAAAGCUAGACUACAAGCCAAGGCUGUCCCUGCUGCUGCUGCUGCUGCUGCAGAGGCUGAAGUCAGUGUGACAUCUGCCUCUUCCGCUUCUGCUUAG